AUGAGAAGAGCUGUAUCAAAAAUACUACCUUCUCCGAGUAGUGGUAGUACUACUGCAAGCUCCUCCACUUCAAAACUUGGCACUUCUUCAUUCACAUCUGCCUUCAAGUUGGAUUUUAAUGCUGUUGAUGAAUUUUAUGUACAAUUGGAUAAUCCUCACAAGACAUGGCUACCUGGAGAUGAAGUAUCAGGACAAAUUGUAUUAAUAUCAAAGAGGAAUUUGGCAAACAUAGUUAUAACCCUUUCAUUAAUUGGGUUUAUCAAGAUAAAUGCUUCUUCACAUUCAAAACUAAGACCGAUAAAGCAUACUUUAUUUGAUCAUACUAUCAAGAUAUAUGGUGGCAAUGACAAUAUAGGUGGUACUAACGAAGAGUUCACUAAUGGAUUAAAUAAAGGUGAACAUGUGUUUCCAUUUAUUGUAAAGCUACCGAAUAAAAAAGUAUUUACGUCAAUCGAUUUUGGUAAAGGAUCCAUCAAUUACUCAUUAAAAGCUUCAGUAGGUAAUGCAUCCUCAUUUACAACUGACAUGUCCAAUAAUUUACCAACGUCACCUGGUGAACUACCGGUGGGUAAAAAGAAAUCACUGCAUAAUCCUUCAUAUACAUCCGAGAAAUUAAUAAAUCUAAUCAACCCUAUAGAUGUAUCAACCUUACCACGACCUAAACCAAAGAGAUUAAUAUUGAAGGACCCUAGAGGGAAUCUAACCAAAGACAAGAAACUACUGCGUACACAAUCAUCAACAUCAACUAUAAAUACAGUACAUACAUUUGGUACCAUGUCAUCAAACAAUCUGGAUCAAAACUCCAUCAAUGAACAAUCAUCUCAUACAAACUCUACUGAACUUGGACAACAUCAUGAUAGACUGACACUUAGUGUUAAUAAAUCGCCGUCGACAAUAAAAGUGAUCUUAGAUAUACCACAACGAGGGUAUUUACGAGGAGAAUCAAUACCUGUAAAAUUAACAAUUAACCAUUUAAAGAAAAUUCAGGACCUUAAUGGGAUUAUCAUAACAUUUGUUCGUGUUUGUCGAUUAGACAAUGGUCCUGAUGGAGUUGUGGAGAGUUUUAGAAAAGAUCUACAACAAACUGUGCUACCAUUGUAUGUUGACCCAGUGACUCUAAACUCCGAAGUUAAAACGUCACUACGAGUACCACCAGAUGCAUUCCCCACAAUUACAGGAUGCCCAUUAGUAUCAUUUCAGUACUUCAUUGAAGUACUCAUCAAUCUUUCUGGUCGGUCAGUAAACGUCGAUCCUGAUCUAGUAGCCGAUCGACAUCUGCCUGAUACGAACAAUAAUAUUCAACAACCACAACAAAAGAAUACAACAUCAAUUGAAUCGUUUCAAUUUAAUUUUACUUCAACAAUACAAAACCAAAAAGAUCGAUCUACAUUUAUAAACACUGAUCGAUUCAAAAGAUCAAAAAAAUUUUUACAAUUGACUAGUGAAAUUUGUAUUGGAACUCAUCGACUGCAACCAGAGGAUGAAGAAGCACAAACCCUUUCAUCAACUGAACCUACAACUACCAAUGUGUCACGACGUUCAUCAUCAUCAUUAUCCAAUUCCAAUUUGUCACCUGCAUUGUUUAAUAAUUCAUCAAGUCAUCCUUCACCACAAAUUCAAACCACAUCAAGUAAUUCACCAUCAUUUUUUGGCCAUACCCCAUUUUCUUCAUCAGUAUCAGGAACGCAACAUGUUACUGCAAAUCCAGCUCCAAUUAAUGGUCCACCGUCAACGUCAUCAACAUCAGCAUUGGGAGCCACAAAUUCACCCCAACGGUAUCCAUAUAUAAACCCAAUUCCAGAAUCCCGAGAAUUAAAUCAUUUUCAAACACCACCUUAUUCAUCUAAUGCUGAUGACAACCUUGCUAUUGGAGAUGAAGCACCAUUGUAUAAUGAAGAUCAUACAACGAUACUGAAUGAAUUUAUGCAGAGUUUACACGAGAAUUCAGGGUUGUCAGAAAAGGAAAGAAUGCAACAACAUGAAGAUAGUUUGUUGCCUUCAGCACCACCGGAUUUGGGUCAAGAUGAUGAAGAAGAUGCUACGGUGGAAGAACGCAAUACGAAUCAAGAACAAGUAUCUCAAAAUCAUAUACAAGCAGAUCACCAACAUCAACAAAAUCAAAACGUUAGUGAUAAUCAAGUAUCCCCACCAUCACUUGGCCAUGGCGCGAAUAACCAUAUCAGUUUCUUCACAUUCAAUCAACAGACUCCACCACAAUCACGAGUGCCUCAAAGUAGUACCAGUAACAACAACACUGAAAAUGGAAACGAGCAACAAGGUAGUCAAAGUGAUGAUUACUUCGGAUUGUCAUCAUCGUCAUCGCAUCACAAUGCAUCAAGUUCAUUAGCUCAUCAAUUAUUUAAUGAUGAAGUGAUUGAUCAUGUACCUAAUUAUAUGAAUGCUGAACAUGAUCAAUUGCUUUCACAAUCGCAAUUGCAUGCUGCAACACCAUCACAGCAAGCGCAGCAGACACAACAGACACAGCAGAGGCAACAAAACCAACAGAGUCAAUAA